AUGGCAAUAUUGAGGCCGCUAGAUCUUAAAAUGCAACCCGCUCCGUACGAUGCACGCAUGAAAGUCAUCAGUCGUACACUGGAGCUAUUAGAUAAAUAUAAACCUCAGAAAACAGAUUCCAAAACUACCGCAGUUCAUUGGGAGUAUGAAGUAGCACGACAUUCUGCUUCCAAGCAAAGCUAUAUUUUUAACGCAAGUCUUCUAUUAAGAGAUAUCGUAAGGUAUAAGGGCAACUUAAAUAAAUCAGGGAAGUAUGAAUCUCCAAAGGUACAGAUCAGUAAGGAAAGCGUACUGGCGAAAUUGAAAGAGCUGUUAUUAGACGAGAAACAACUAAAAGAAGGCGGUUAUAUAUUAGGCCCGGGCGUUGGUGGGGAAAAUAACGCCUCAUCAAAGUCGGAUAAUGGUUUACGUGAAUGUGCUAGGUGUUCGCAAAAAUUCGAAGAAUUAAAUAUUAUGGUACCUACUAGUUGUCAGUUCCACCCUAGUAGGCAACAAUAUAACAAAGGAACUCGAAGUUACCAUUAUCCGUGCUGUGGAGAAGAUGGGGUUAGUGUGACACCCUAUUCCUUAGGAUGUAAAACCCUAGAACAACAUGUGUAUAGACAGGAGACAUAUGAAGAUAUGUCGAAAACGAUUGAAUUCAGACAUACUAAGGAUUUCGUUGGAGAUUCUAAUGUUUUGGGGUUAGACUGUGAAAUGGCUUAUACUUCGUACGGCUAUGAACUUAUCCGUCUCACAGUGGUUGAUUUUUGGACAAAGAAGGCGCUUUUUGAUGAAAUAGUCCAACCUUUAGGUGAAAUUAUAGAUCUAAACUCGCAGUUCAGUGGGGUUCACGAAAUUGAUAGAGCUACCUCGUUAACAUUUGAAGAUGCGAGGAAAAUAUUUUUAGGUCCUAAGAUGAUAAAUACUAAUAGUAUACUGAUUGGGCAUGGCCUUGAAAAUGACCUUAAUAUAUUACGAAUUAUACAUGAUAAAAUUAUUGAUACAGCGAUUCUAUAUCCUAAUGGUAAAUUCAAGUCUUCGUUAAAAAACCUGGCAUUCCAAGAAUUGAGCCGGAAGAUUCAAACAGGGGAGCACGAUAGUUCUGAAGAUGCGAUUGCCUCGAUGGACAUAAUUAAAAGUAAAUUGGGUAUCCCACUAGAUCGUGAUAUAUGGUAA